AUGCAUUCCUAUAUUCGCCCAGGCCAGUACGUGGCUAUCCGGCUCCAGUCGGAUCAGUUAAGGCUCAUCCAGAUCAUUCCCGAUACAAUCGUCAAUUUGGGUAGAUUUGGUAGCUUUACCGCCAAUCAGAUUAUUGGACGACCAUUCUAUUUUACGUUUGAAAUCCUCGAUGCGUGCGACGACGCUGGCCACCAGCUUCGGGUCGUGUCAGCAACCGAGUUGCAUGCGGAGACCCUCCUCGCUGGGGAGGGAGAUGGGGAGGGAGACGACGUGGAAACUGGCGAGAAUGGAAUACCGAUGCGAACAAAUCGUGAAAUCAUCGACGAGAACUCUUCCCAGAAAUUGACUUUGGAGGAAAUCGAAGAAUUGAAGAGAGAGGCCGGUGGCGCGGGAAAAGACAUUGUCGCAAAGCUCUUGGAAUCGCACAGCGCAAUAGAUCAGAAGACCGCAUUUUCUCUCGCCAAAUACACGCUGCGGAAACGCAAGAAGUAUCUGAAGCGGUUUACUGUCCUCCCACUGGACGUUGGCCUUCUCGCCAAUUACUUGAUCGAAGAACGGGAUGCGCAAAAGGCCAUGGAGCUACGGGAUGAACACAUCGGUCUCAUCGGGUGCUGGGGUAAUGUACAUCACAGCGGAAACGUUGAGGUGGGUGAGGGGAUGAAGCCGCAUGGACGCUAUGCCAUCGUCGACGAGACUGGCGGACUUGUUGUUGCCGCGAUGGCUGAGCGCAUGGGAAUUCUAUAUCCGCACGAUGCCGAUGAAGACCCAGUAGAAGAGCAAGAUGCUUCAGCCCACAAUGCCGCAGAAUCCCAACAUACCAAUAGCCCCCCAAAGCCCCGGCGCAUACGUCCGCAGCCAAUGUCCGCUACUACCAACACCAUCACCGUUAUCCACCCAUACUCACAACCGAACUUGUCACUCUUGAAAUUCUUUGGCUAUGACACCAAUAACCCGGAUGAAUCCCACCCACUCCACACCCGUCUCAAAUCAAUUUCCUGGAUGCAGUUGGCUGACCCCAAUUCCGAUCCGCUCUACGCCAACGAACCACCCAUCAUACCCGCAGAGGAAUUGGCUGAACUUAAACAAAGCAAGCGCACUGCAUAUUACCACAAGCGCAAUCGAUGGGCGCGAGUUAAAGCAGUUGUAGAUGAGGCCCGGGACGGUAACUUUGACGGUCUGAUCGUGUCCACCUUGCUAGAGCCAGCAAGCGUCCUAAGGACAAUGGUCCCGCUCCUUGCGGGAUCAGCCCCGGUUGUCGUAUAUUCUCCGACUGUCGAGUCUUUGGUUGAAUUGACAGACAUGUACUCCACUGCUCGGAGAACCGCAUUUAUCAACAAAAAGCGAGAAUUGGAGUCGCAGAGCUCCGAAGGAGAGGCCGUCGAUUUGUCCUCACUUCAUGAAGAAUUCGUGGUCGAUCCGACAAUUCUGCUUCCACCUACCUUGCAGACGUCGCGUGUGCGCCCUUGGCAAGUCCUACCCGGUCGAACCCACCCCCUCAUGACUGGACGUGGUGGUGCAGAGGGAUAUCUCUUCCAUGGUAUUCGCGUGCUCCCCACCGCACAGAAUAUCCAGGCUGCUGGCAACGUUCGCAAGAGACGGAAAGUGGAAACGGCAUCUACCCCGGUCAGUGAUCGGGACGUGGAGAUGACGUCCUAG